GAUUCCGCAUUAUAGUGGCGCAACUUGCAAGUCUGCGUCGUCGAAGCCCUUGGUGACAGUUGAACAUAAACAGACUUCCGAAACUCGAACCCGCCUGACUCUCGCCUCCGGUGUCGUUUUUCAGUUCGUGCGUUGUGCUUUGCAGGCGUCUGCCGGAGCUCGGUGAGAUGUAUGCGGUAAAACCGAGGGAUGGUAGCAAGAUUCUCUGAGGAGCAUGCGUCUCCUUUGGGAUGGAGCUGCGGAGGAGAGUCGCUUCUACUGUUAUAGGGUUCUCCCUACUACUUCUCAUCUUCACCACCGUUGUUUUUCUCAAGUUUGAUACCAUCUACCGGAAGCUCCUUAACGAGCGUGUGAAAUUGCGGGAAGGAUCUCAGACAGACAAGUUGUGGAGGGAUGUUGGACUGGGAUUUCGAACAGCAGCCAAAUUCUACUUCUUCAACAUCACCAAUCCGGAGGAGAUUCAAAGGGGAGCUCCGGCUCAGCUCAGAGAGUUAGGACCAUACACGUACAGGACCAAAUGGGUGAGGGAUAACAUUACGUUCAACGGGAAUGGUACCGUCACAUUUACACAGAAGAUAUUCUACUUCUUCGACGAGCAAGAAUCUGGAGGUACCGAAGACGACGUCAUCACUAUCAUCAAUGUACCAUUAGCGGCCUUUGCCGACCAGAUCAAAGGGAAGAGCUUUGUGGUCAGGGGUUUGGCUCGAAUUCCAGUGAAGAAGUUUAAUCUGCAGCUCCUGGUGCGGCGCACUAUACGCGAGCUGACAUUCCAGGGAUAUCCCGAUGUUCUGGUAACUCUAAAGGAAAUGGCCAAGGACCGAGAAAAAGAUUUGAGCGGCCUCUUCCGUUCGGGGUUUCGUACCGCAGUCGACGUCCUUGGCAAGAAGUCUCAAGACUCUUUCAAGACGUUUUCCUUCAUGGGCGAUAAAAACGGAACUCGCAGUGAGACAAUGACCAUGUUUACCGGUGAAGGAGACAUCACCAAGGUCAACAACAUUCAACUUGUCAAUGGGGAAACUCACGUGCCAGUGUGGACGGAACCAUGCAACAUCGUCCAAGGCUCAUUUGGUCAAGUGCGACCCCCAUUCUCCGCCUCAAAUGACCAGGCUGUAUUCAUACCAGAUCUCCUCAGGUCAUUGCCUCUGUCGUAUGCUGGAAAGUCGGUGGUCAACCGCAUCAAGACACGACGCUUUUCGCUCGACGAGAAAGCGUUCGCCAGUGCUGAACUCGUUCCAGAGAAUGCAUGCUACGCUGGCUCAAGGACACUGCCCUCCGGCCUUGCAGAUUUAGGACCUCUACGAAUGGGAGCGCCGAUUGCAAUGUCACUGCCUCACUUCCUGAACGCGAAUGCCUCAUUACAAAAUGCCAUACAGGGCUUGAAGCCGAAUGGGGAACAGCACAUGCUGUACUUGGAUAGUGAUCCCGUAACUGGCGUCACACUGGCUGCAAGGGCACGCAUUCAACUCAAUGUUCUUCUGCAGCAGGUUCCGGGCUUCGAUCCUUUCAAAAACAUUCAAAGUCAAGUGGUGCCACUCUUCUGGCAGGAAACGUGUGCUGACGCAAAAGAGAACACGCUACGUAACAUUCGGCUGGCGACGAGGCUUCCCUUCUACGUUAAAACACUCGCCACUGUCCUGUUUGUGCUCAGCAUGAUCGCCUUCGCGGCCGCGCUCACCGUCCUCAUCAGGUUCGCUCGAUACCAGAAACGACGUAUAACUACAAAGGACGAGAAACAGAUCUCUGUUCUUCUGCUCGAGGGCUCCGGCCACCAGCCGUCGGAUAUCAAGUCUUCCAUUGUAUGAUUUUUUUUCCUAUCUUUUUUUCUAAGCUACGAAAGAAGAAAAGGCUCUAUUUUUGAUAAUCUCUUCUCCAAGAGAAGGAAUACUCGCAGUUUGUACCAUAGCCUUCCUUCUGAACGUACAUAUUGAAUAAAAGGCGAUUUAUUUUGUU